AUGAGCGUGCGAUGGGAUUGCUGUAAGAUCUCACUGCAGGCACCUCCUCUGGACUAUUCCUUCCGAGGCAUCAGCUUCAUCCAAGACCUGCUGACAGAGGAGCCCCGGGCUGGCCUCAAGGUGAUCAAGCGCUCGGCCGGGGGGAAGCUGCUGACCCAGGCGGUGCGCCUGAAUAACAACACCAUCAAUGAGCUGACCGACUUCGCCUCCACCAUGGAGCAGCUGCUGGAGUACCCCGACGAGCUCUCCUGGGUCGACCUCUCCUUCAACGACUUGUCUACCAUCGACCCGGUGCUGACUAUGUACCCCGACCUCCGGGCCCUCAACCUGCACGGGAACAGCAUCCAGAGCCUCGCCGAGGUGGACAAGCUGGCCGUCCUGCCGCGCCUGCGCACGCUGACCCUGCACGGAAACCCCAUCGAGGAGGAGAAAGGCUACAGGAGCUACGUGCUGUCCGUGCUGCCCCAGCUGAAGUCCUUCGAUUUCAGCGGCGUGACGAAGCAGGACCGCUCCACCGCCACCUUCUGGAGACGCAUGAAUGUCAAACCCAAGAAGGUCAAGAAAAGGCGGGACGACUACUGA